AGGAGUCGCUUUUUGUAGUAGAGGUGCAAGUGGAAACAUUUGCCCUCCUCCUUCCUGGGCGAUAAAAGGCGUUGCCACCUAGGAUGCUUUGGAUCUAGUAUGGAUUUUGGAUUUUCAUGUGACGUUUGAACAGAGAAGGGUGAGAAAGAGGAAAAGAGGAGGAUAAACUUUGGAGAAGUGUGAGGACCAGCAAGGAGGGAAGGGAGGGGGGAAGACAGGGAGAAGAGGGCAGGGUGAUGGGAAACACUAACCAGACUUCUAAAAAGAACAGUAAAAAGAAGAAGGUAAUGUCACCCAUAGAACAAAGUGGUGCCCCAUUGGCUGCUGCCAUGCUGGGGGGACUGGGUGGUGCAGGGGAAAUGGACACAGAGGAUGAGGAGGAAGGAGGGAACGAGCGUGAGUUUGAUGAACCCCUGUGCGCUCUGGUUAAGAACUGCAACAUGCUGCAUGACAUAGUGGGGCCUGCAUGUAUCUUCCUCAGACAGGGCUUCGCCCAAAGUCAGCUUGUAUGUAUUUACCCACACUACAAACACACCACACAAACAUUACAGAACUGCCAGAAUUUUGCAGAGUUACGUGAGGCCUUCAGGGAAUUUGACAAAGAUAAGGACGGCUUCAUCAGCUGUAAGGACCUGGGCGAGUGCAUGAGGACUAUGGGAUACAUGCCAACAGAGAUGGAACUUAUCGAACUCAGCCAGCAAAUCUGUGGUGGCAGAGUGGAUUUUGAGGAUUUUGUGGAACUGAUGGGCCCCAAAAUGCUUGCAGAGACUGCAGACAUGAUUGGGGUUAAAGAGUUACGGGACGCCUUCAAGGAGUUUGACUCUGAUGGCGAUGGUCAGAUCAGCCUUGGAGAGCUGAGGGAAGCCAUGAAGAAGCUAAUGGGUGAGCAGCUCAACCACCGCGAGAUUGAUGAGAUCCUGCGAGAUGUUGACCUCAACGGGGAUGGACAGGUGGACUUUGAAGAGUUUGUGAGAAUGAUGUCUCGUUGAUUCUUCAGUAAACACAACACUACUGCACUAAACACAACACUGGCAAGACUACGGACUGUUAAUGUUUUUCUCACGUGUACAAAGACAUCUUGGUGUUUUUUCAGUUACGUGCAAAACCUCUUAUAAAAAUCCCUUAAAUGUGUUACUGUUGUAUAAAUCUAAUAUGUAUCGUGUGUGUAACGAGAGAUGAGAGUGAUAUUUCAGCGGGAAUAGACCAAACCUAUGGUGUCUUUAAAAGUUUACAUUCAUAUGAAUUUGCAGAAGAAUUGCAUUUAAAAGCCUGAAAAAAUAAGAUCCUGUUUGCACUGACGAGAUACUGUGAAACUUCAAUUAUAAGAUGUAUUUUCUGUUUCUUCAUUGUAUUUGUAAUUUGGGUGAAUUGGUCACUAACUAUGCAGUUUAGUAUCUACAAGUUUGUUGAAACAUUAAUAUGAAUGUAAAAAUGUAUUUUCUGAAUUUCAAUAUUUUAAUGCCACUUAUACAAUCUUCAUCUUAAACUUGAAUGCUUUAACUGUGAAAUAUCUAAUACACAUAGAAAACAUGAAUGUUUUGCUAUGAGUUACAAUAUUUAUUAUGCAGAGUAGCAUCUGAAACAAUAUUUUUAAUAUCUUUUUGAUACCUGUUUCAGAACAAUUACUAGUGAUUUGUGUCUACCACACAGUGAAUAUCAGUUUCAUAUCCUUGCACCAUUUUUCCUCUUGGUGAAAUUUAACUGACAACCUGCCUCAUAGUACAUGGUUAUUUAUGUAAGCAUACACAGUAUGCAUAUAUACCUCUUUGAUGUUUCAUUUGUACAGCGUUUAAUGACUCAGAAAACACAUUGUAAAUAACAAAAAUGAGUGAACAAUAUUGAAAAUAAAUACUUUUUUGUGGUCAGAUAGCUUAUGGCCAUAUACUAAGUCCA